UAGAGUAAAAAUUCGGUAUCUCAGCAACAAAGCUGAUUGCGCAUGAACCAAGUUGGGAUUCUUCAUAGUCCAUGAGGAUCUACAUUUUAAAAAUAGUCCCACUCAAAAAGGUUUUUAGCACCUCAGGCGGUUCCCUCGUGAGAUCACUCCUCUACACGAAAAUAUCAGAUAAACAAUAUUCAUCAGUAUUUUGCCAAAAGUUAUAUGAGUACUCAACAAUUCCCAAGCAUGAGUACUCUAAGUCGUACUCACAGUACUUAAAAUCGUACUCAUAGUACUCGUUACUCCCUGAUGAGUACUCAUGUAAGUACUCAAUGAGUAAAAAAAUGUGUGAGUACUCAUGAGUAAUCGGGACAUUUUUCAGCAGAGUACGACUUUGAGUACUCACACUUGAGUACAUUCACUAGGAUGAUCUUCCACGAAAUAAUGAAUAGAUAGAGGUAGCCACCGUCUCAUUUUAAAUGCGUGAAUCGACAAAAAGCUGAUAAUGAAAAACGAGAGAAAAAGCAUUACUUCUUAGUGUUACAGGUUAUUAAGAUCGACUACUAAUAGCGAAAAGUAGAUUUUUAUUCUAUGACCUAAGAAUAACAGUUUCAGAUGCGUGGUAAAUGAAGCAAGAAAAAUCUUUCAGGAAACAAUGUGCGCGCAGUUUUCGAACAUUUACUCCAUGAAAUAACUACUUCUCUUAUAUUUUCGAAUAUUUUUUUAAUAAAUUUGAUCCAGGUGAAACCUAACGGUCAUAUAACAUUACUUCGCCGUCUUUCGAUGAGUCAAUCGCCUUUUUUUUGUUUUUGUGUAAUAUUUACUGGUAUUUUCAGAAAAAUUUAGAAAGUUUUCCCUUUCUCGUACACUCAAAUGAUUGACAUUUGGCUUAAGAAAGAUGCCACUAGUACUCUUGAUAGUAUCACAGUACUAGAACAGGUAGUUGCAAUAGUAUCAAAACCCCGCAAGAUUGAAAAGUAUUGAAAUACUAUUUUGAGGUAAAAAAUCAAAAAAAUAAUUAGUUUCAGAAAACAUCUCAGUGUCUAAAACAAACCAUUUUCUUAUCGUAAAAAAUGGCUAAAUAAUAUCCGUAAAACAGUCCUAGUUCAGUAGUGAGAAAGUAGUCCGUUAAAAUAACAUUUAUGAAGUGUUAACGGGUUGUUCAUUGACUGUUAACUAUGCCGUGACAUGAAGCAAUGAAGGGAAAUAUAAAUAUUUUCGCCAUUUGAAAGGGAAGACAUAAAUCUUUUCAUAAAUAAAACAAGUCUAAAAAUCUUUUCAAAUACAGAAUUUUGUGUUGAUCUUUGAAAAUCUGACCCGGCUUCUCAGAAAACAAAACGAGAAUAUAGUUGGUUUUAUCAUGAGUAAAUAGCUCAAAGUGUUAUUUUCAAAAUGAUUUGAAAAAUUCAAGGGAGAAAAGGCAAUUUUUUUCCUUUUUCACAUCGCGCAGCAUCGUAAAGGAUUUCAAGAAUUCUGAAAAACUCCCGAAACCGCUUUUUUCCCCUUGCAUUUUAGCCUAUUUUCAUAUAAUAUUAAAAGAUUUUUAUCUCGCUUAUUACUGAUCAAACAAAUCUGAAAAAUUUCAGAUAUUUACUUCAGAAUGCUCUGCAUUUAAUAUAAUUGGAAGACUGGAAAAAAGGAUCUUGGCUCUAUAACCCGAUUUCUAAAAAGUCUUAGAAUCAAAAAUAGAUUUUCUGAUUUCUAUAGUUAAGAAUUAUGUAUAUAGUACUCAGUAGUAGUGUAUCUUCGAAAGUUUUUAACUUUGUCUGCUUAAUAAUAUUUAAUGAGAAGAGUUUGCUUGAAAAUAUUUUUGGUAUAGUUUAGAAUAUUUUUGUAGUGCGACGAAUGUCAUUGUCAUUACUUUCAUCAUCCAAUAAAAGCACAUCUUAUUAUCUGUGAGAAAUGUUAUAGUAUUUUGCAAUAACCUUACUCCAAAUACUUCAAAAUUUUUGUCUUUAGCAGCGCACAGGCGUUCUGAUAAAUGAUUUUUCAGGCAAGAAAAUAAUCCCGUUCUUUUUUCAUAAAAAAUGUGUCCAUUGGUGACAGUACUUAGAAAAAGCGAAAGGUUUUUCAUCUUCAGUAGCACAAGCGCUUAUCGACUGACAUGUCUAAGCUCAAUUCAUCUAGUCAUUGUUAGAGAUCAAUAUAUUUUCUAUGUUUACUGAUGUGAACAUUUCAUUAUUUUAAUUCAAAGGGAAAAUUAAUUUGGUUUGAUCCUGGAUGUGGUUAUAAUAUUCCGGGUGAAAUUGUCGAUGUCGUUAAAAAUCGUGCGUCCGUAAAAACAAAUGCGAAUGGAAAGAUUUUUAUUUAUCAAUUAGAUGAGACAAGUCGAAUAUUUCCACGAAUGCCUCUUCCUGAAGAGGGUGUCAAUGAUAUGAUCACAAUGAGUGAUUUGAAUGAAGCAUCUAUUUUAUGGAAUAUUAAAAUUCGAUAUGAUCAUCGACAACUCUAUACAUAUAUUGGUAGCAUUUUGAUUGCUGUUAAUCCCUACUGUAUAUGUGAUAUUUAUAAUUUGCAAUAUGUUCAAAAAUAUGAAAAUCAAUUGAUGAUCAAUUCACUUCCAGCUCAUAUAUUUGCAACAUCAUCAUCAGCUCACGCGAAAAUGUCAUCAGAAAAAUCAAAUCAAUGUGUUGUUAUUAGUGGAGAGUCUGGUGCUGGUAAAACUGAAUCAACAAAAUUAAUUAUGAAUUAUUUGGCAGCAGUUAAUCCAAGUGAAUAUAAAUUAACAACAGAACAAAUUCUCGAAGCAAAUCCACUUCUUGAAAGUUUUGGAAAUGCAAAAACUGUUCGAAAUGAUAAUAGUAGUCGAUUUGGAAAAUAUAUUGAAGUUUAUUAUAAACAAAAAUCGAUUGUCGGUGCUAAAAUAUCGGAAUAUUUGCUAGAAAAAUCUCGUAUUGUGACCCAUUCAACUGAUGAACGAAACUAUCAUGUUUUCUACGAAUUGUUGGCUGGACUUUCCGUUGAUGAGAAGCGAAAAUACGGUCUUUCAACUCCUGAAAAAUAUUUCUAUUUAAAUCGAGGUGGUAAUUGUACUAUAUCAACAAAAGAUGAUACUCAUGAUUUUCAAUCAUUAUUAAAUGCAAUGAAAAUAUUAAGUUUUGCUAAAAAUGAACAAGAGACAAUAUUUAAAAUAUUAGCAGCCGUUUUACAUCUUGGAAAUAUUUAUUUUACACGUGUUUUAGAUGAAUCUGGUCAUGAUCUAAUUCAAAUUAGUACAAAAUCAGAAAUUGAAUGGGCUGCACAUUUACUUGGUUUAAAUGAUCAAGGUCUAUUACAAAAGUUAACACAUAAAGUAACAGAAGCACGUGAUGAACGAUUAUUAACACCAUUUAAUCUUGAUCAAGCACUCGAUUCACGAAAUAUUAAUAAUUCUAUUUGUAGAGAUGCCAUUGCCAAAGCAUUAUAUAGUACAUUAUUUAGUUGGUUAGUUGCUCGUAUAAAUCAAAUUGUACGAGCAAAUAUAAAUGUUGAAAAUUCAAUUGCCAUCCUAGAUAUAUUUGGUUUUGAAAAUUUUUCUCUCAAUAGUUUUGAACAAUUAUGUAUUAAUUAUGCUAAUGAAGCAUUACAAUUUUAUUUUAAUCGACAUGUAUUUAAAUUAGAACAAGAAGAAUAUAUUAAAGAAAAAUUAUCAUGGAAACGAAUUGAAUUUACGGAUAAUACGGAUUGUUUAGAUUUAAUUGCUAAAAAACCACAUGGAAUAAUACCAAUUUUAGAUGAUGAAUCGAGUUUUCCACGAGCAACUGAUCAAUCAUUUUUACAAAAAUGUCAUUUUGCUCAUGAAACAAAUCCAUUGUAUGGAAAACCUCGUCUAUUAAAAUCAAUAUUUAGUAUCAAACAUUAUGCAGGUGAAGUUGAAUAUGACGUACGAGGUUUUCUAGAUAAAAAUCGAGAUAUGCUUCGAAGUGAUGUAAUUGAUUUAUUUUCAUCAAGCAGAAAUACGAUGUUAUCGCUUAUGUUUCGUGAUAUUCGAGAAUUAUACGAAAGUCAUAGAGGUUUUAGUUUUAAAACGGGUCGAUUUAUAACAAUGAAAGCGAAAACACCCACUGUUUCAGCUCGAUUUCAUGAUUCAUUAAGUCAUCUAUUAGAAACUAUGACAAGAUGUAAUCCGUACUUUAUUCGCUGUAUUAAACCUAAUAAUGAAAAAUUAGCGAAUAAAUUAGAAUUAUCAGUGGUCUUAGAACAAUUAAAAUAUACGGGCAUGCUUGAAACAAUAAGAAUAAGAAAACUCGGUUAUCCAAGACGAUAUAAAUUUGAUUAUUUUGCUAAACGAUAUCGAUGUUUGUUAAAUGAUCGUUUUUAUCAGACUGAUCUUCGUCAUUUACAUUUUCAUCAUCAUCACCAUCAUUCUCUCAAUGGAUCAUUGUUAGAAAAUGAUCCAAAAGAAACAACAAUUCGUGUUCUUAGUGGUUUACCGUCAAGAUUUGCUUCACAAUAUCAAAUUGGCAUUACAAAAGUAUUUUUAAGAGAGUCAUUAGAACAACAAUUGGAACAACAACGUACUCUCCUAUUAAAUCAAGCAGCAUUAACAAUACAACGUACACUAAAAGGUUUUAUACAACGAAAUCAAUUUAUAAAACAGAGAAAUGCUGUUAUCAUUUUACAAAAAGCUUAUCGUCUAUGGUCAGAAAAUCUUGGCACAUCGAUAGCACGAGCAAUGAUAUCGAUGUCACCUGAUAUUGAUCUUUACGGUAGUAGUAUUAGUCAAGAGCAUAAAAUAUCUACAAUUGAUUCUGAAUCAUGUUUAACAAAUAAAACAUCCCAAUCAUUACUUUCACUUACAUCUGAUGAUACAUGUUUUUCACAUUCAACCGCUAUAAGUCACAUUUAUUCUAGUUCUAAUACACUAUAUUCAGAACGAAGUUCCAUGUCAAAAAUAACUGCACAUGAUACUACACCAUUUAAUUUAUUGGAUAUACCAGCUGAAUUGACACUUGUCUAUAGUCGUAUCGAUGCCUGGGACGAACAACAUACAAAUCAACAUUUGUAUGAAUCAACACAACCCGUCAACUCGAUUACAGAACAUUUCUCACUACCAGAUGAUAUUAAUAAUUAUCCAUUUAUGAAAUAUAUCAUGUCAAACACAACGUGUGGUGCAAAAUGGGAUAGAAAAUUAGUACCAAUCAAUGAACCAUUUACAACUGCAACGUUUAACGAACAACAGUACCAAUUGGCAUUAGCAUUAUUCAAACUGAUUUUAAGAUUUGUCAAUACAAGUGAGUAUGACACAAAGCGUGAUCGUGUACUAGGAGAUUAUAUUGUCCAAAUGGGUCUUAUGAAUGAAAUAUUGCGCGAUGAAAUUUUCGUUCAAAUUUGUAAUCAAACGUGGAAUAAUAUUGAUAAUGUUAAAUUAACAAAAGCAUGGCUAUUAAUGUUAAAUUCUAUGAGCUGUUUUUCACCGUCACCAUUUUUGUACAAAUCUUUACUCAAAUAUGUGUCGGAUAAUGGAACUGACGAAUCAAAACCCUAUUGUCAACGAAAAUUGUUACUUGCUGGUGUAGCCGAUUCACCACGAACAUAUCCACCCACACAUCUAGAAUGGGCAGCAAAUUCAAAAGCAUAUAAUAUGGCACUCAAAGUUCAAUUUGCUGACGAUUAUCCAAUUGUUGGAGAAGUUGAAUCAUGGAUGACUGGCGAAGAUUUUGCUUCAACUUUACUGGAGACACGUGGUAUACAUAAUGCAGCCUAUCGUAAUGGAUGGUCGCUAACAUUGAAGGACGAAUAUGAUAAUGUUGAAUUGAUGGGAUACGAUUACGUAUUAGAUUUAAUUAGUGAAAUGGAGGUUGCUCCCUGUUUUCCAAUGUGUAAAUCAUUUUUUCUUGUCCAUACUGAUAAUGAACAUAAAUUAUCAAAAAAACGACGAAAUACCACAUUCAGAUAUCGACAUAGAGACUCUGUGUUUGACUGGUACUUAAACGUUGAACAUCCCCGACGAAAAUCAAAGAACUCGACACCUGCUAGUUGUGAAGAAUCAGCUCGAUCAGUAAGACAUAAAAAAUUAACAUCAUCUCAUCAGCGUUCUGAUCAUGAAAAAAGCGAUGGUAUCAAGUCCAGUCCUGAACGAACUAAUCAAUCACGAAAAUACAGCAAACAUCAUUCUCCCUUAUACAUUGAAAUUAGUAAACAUUCAUCCUCUGAAAGUGGAAGUGCUGAUGAACAAGAGAAUCCACUAUCCGACAUUGAUGACAAGCCACUAUCAAUAUUAAAAGACCCAUCAGUACAAUCGUUUAGUUCACACAAAAAUGAACUAAUACGUCAACGAACCGAUAGUCGUAGUAGUGCUGAAGGUGCUAGUACACAAGAAAGUAUAAUUCCAACCAUAACAGAAGUGAUUGCUAGAGAAGAAGUUCAACAAAAACCAUCUACAAUCAAAAUGAUCACCUAUGUUCCUCCAAGUCCAAAACCACUGCCUCCGUCGAGGACAAGUAACAAAAGCACUCCAUUCAGCAGAGAUACGCAAAGGUCAAGUAUUAAACCACAACCUCAUCCGUCAGAAACAGUCCGAACAGUCCAGUUACAUCCAAAACCAUCUAUCAAAAAGACCCAACAGAUUCAAAAAUCAUCGUUAAAAGUUGUUCAAAACCACCCUAAUUCAACAGUGUCAUCUGUAAGAAAAUUGACAACAUCAUCGCAUCAAACAAAAGAUUCAGGAUGUGGCGGACAUUUCUUAUCAAAAAUUCCUGCUCUUCGUUGUUUUCGUUCGUCAAAAAAUUCAUCGUUAAGUGGAAAAUCAUGUUCAACAAUCACUCAGGAUGAUAAUCAACGUCAUAGUAAGCGACGAGUUUCAAUACAACCACCAGCAUCGACGAAAACGAAGAGAAGUGGUUCAAAAGUUGUUCAAAUAGACGAACAACAGGCUAUUCUUGUGAGCGAUUAUAAUGGUAUCGAUAAUCCAACAUCUGUUUAUGGUGACUUUUCAGUCUGUUCCAUCGGACCAGUGCAUCCCCCGCAAUAUGAACACAUAGGUUUAUCAGCACCAAAUGUAAAGGAUCAAAUUGAAUGUAAAAAUCAGGAUGAUUAUCAGUUUUCAAGUGGUGAAUCCGAUAUACAACAAGAUUAUCAACAACAAUAUACCGACCGAGAAGAGGAACAGGCGAAAGAUUCAAAACCUAGUACAAAAUUAGCUGCAGGUACAGAAUCUAUUGCCACUAUCUCUGAAAUACCGAUACCAAAUCGAAAAUCAGAUGUUGAAGCAUUUCUCGAUGAUUUAUUUGAUCGUGCUCUGUUAGAACCAAAUAUUAAUCGAACAGCAGCGAAAAUCAAUGAUAUUCAAAUAUCUACCUAUAACCAAAAACGCUUUCAGUUAAUAUCAAAUUCAAAAGUAGAAUCAUUAUUACGUCAAAAAGUAUCAUUACAUAAGAGAGAUGGUCAGCGAAAAGUGAUUGUAGCAGAUUUAUCAUCAAAACCGAAAAAAACGAAUAAAAAAUCCAAAGAAGAAAUUGUUACUGUUACUGCCAAUAAAGAUUAUGAUAAAUUAAAACAACAGAAGAAGAGACGAAUUAAAAAGAAAGAUGAAAAUCAAAAUUUGAACACAAAUAAUUCAGCAUGGAAUGAUAGUAUGUUGUCUUUUUUAACAGCCACAGCUACUACCACCACUGCAGAGACUGAUAAGAAUGAACAUGUUCUAUCAGAAGCAACAUCGUGUGAUGUAUCAUCUUCAAUGCAUAUGGAACGAAAUUGUUGGCAAACAGAUACAACAGUUGAUGAAUGGAGUGAAGACCAUUAUCAUCACCAUCUAACAAAACAUUCUGAUCGAAAUAGACCUCAUAACUUUCAUCAGAGAAAUGGAGCAUUGAGCGUUCUCUACAGAGAACCUGCACGCGGUUUUCGUGCUGAAGCAAAAGAUAAAAUGCGUAGUCAAAAUCCGCAUGCUGGACAACACCAACGUCGUCGUCGACCACCACCAGCACAAUCACAAGACUUACAAAAAUUGCUUCAUCCAAAAUCAUACAUACCUCGAUUUAAUGAACAAUCUGAUGAUACACUAUUGAGAAUAACAACAAAAGUUAAAGGAAAGAAAAGUGUGAUUGAAAACAAACUGGAUUCAUCUACUAGCAUCUUAUUUUCUCCACCACAAACAAAGAAUAAUAUUAGUGGUGAUGAUGAUCGAAUGGGUAUUGAUAAGAAUAACAAUGUAAUUACAAAACCAUUUUUAAAUGGCGCUGUUGCAGCAAAAGAUGAAAUUAGUUUAGUUCCUCUAUCUCCUUCUGUUUGUUUAUCAACAACAAUCCCUGGAUUAACCACGACAACUAAUACAUCAUCAACAACAAAAAAUGGUCCAAUGUUUGUACCUGUUAUUGAGAUAAAUUAUCAAAAAUAUUUACCAGUUUAUCUCAAACAAUCAGCCAAUUCACAAAUGAAUCGAAAAUUGCAAAAUACAGUGCAAAGUAGAACAAACAGUCAGCAAGACAGAUUAAUUUCUCGCACACCUGAACCGCAUGAUAAAACAAUUUCCCAAUUAGUAAUGAAUCAAAACAAACAUCAACAAGAAGAAUCGCAACGUACCAAAAGUCCUUACGUAAAUAGUUCAUCUCUUAACGAUUUAAAACUAAAUGUUCAACGUUUAUCAAUGUCAAAUUUAAAUGUGGCAUCAACGAGAGAUUGUGCUGCACAAAUAGAGUCUGAACAUCAUAAUGGUUUAAUAGAUCGAAUUUCCAACGAACUUUAUCAAAAUGAUAAUUCAAUCAAUGAUAUUCAAACAACUGCAAUAAAUAUCAAUAAACAAAAUGUUAAAUCAUCGGUCAAUCGCCCAUCACCUGAGGUACAGCAACAACGAGCUAAAACUGUACGAGUUGGAAAAGUCAGAUGGCCCCCUCCGUUAAAUCAAGAAGAAACAAUCAAUGCAGACUUGAACAGGUAA